UGUGUGGGGUAAAUUUAGUAAUGUUUUCCUAAAUAUUUAUUAAAAAAUGUGCAAAAUUUGAAAGUGAACAAAAAUUUUAUUGUGUAAUUUUAUGUGAAACAAUAAUGGUGUAUUUAUAGUGUAUUGUUUUAAGUGAAUUUUCUAAGUUUUUUGAGUGUUAUCAAUAUGCUUAAUAACCUUACGAUAAUUAGAAUAACAUGGGAUCUAGAAUCAGGGAUAAUGUGAGACAUUUUUUUGAAUGUUUUUGUGAAAUCGUCCCAAAGAAAGGAUUUAAAGAACCAUGGAUUAUACAAAAGUUCCCAGAAUCGUAUAAAGAUGAAGAAAUAUUGAAAUCAGUUACAUCAUUUGCAUAUCCAUGUGAAUUUGAAAAUGCCUCCGUACAACAUUAUUCAUUUGUAUUAACAAAUAUUGAUUCCAAAUGGACAUUUGGAUUUUGUCGGCAUGAUCCAUAUACUGAAACUGCAUUAGUUGUUUUAACAUUUUUACCAUGGCAUGGUGCAUUUCGCAAGUUCCUAGACAAUAUUGCUGGAUUAACAAACAGUCCGAAAUCAGAAGAAUUAUGGGAUUUUUUAAAUGCUGCAUACAACAGUCGUGUACCAGAUCCUGGUAUGACGUAUCAUGUGACUUACAAUCAAGGAAAAAGUACAUUCACAUGCCAAUCUCCAUGUCAAUUUCAACUUCCUAGUAUACCAGAAAAUAGAAAUUUAACAGAAUAUUAUAAUGCAGUUGAUAGUCAUAAUAUGAUGGUAAUAUUUGCGUCGAUGUUAUACGAACGACGUAUCAUAUUUACAUCAAAAAAAUUAGAUCGUUUAAGUAGUUGUGUACAAUCAGCGAAUGAUAUUAUUUAUCCAAUGAUAUGGCAACAUAUAUUUAUACCAGUGUUGCCAAUGCAAUUAAAAGAUUAUUUAUUAGCACCAAUGCCAUUUUUAAUUGGUGUACCUGAACCAGUAUUUAAGCAAGUACGUAGAGUCGAUGUUGGUGAAGUAGUAAUAUUAGAUGCGGAUAAUAAUACAGUGGAAACACCAUUUGAUGAUUUAGAAAGUCUUCCACAAGAAAUAGUAACAACAUUAAAACGCACAUUACGUAAUCGUGCAGCAUUACUUGGUGAUGGUGUAUCACGUGCAUUUUUACGUGCAUUAGUACAAUUAAUUGGUGGUUAUCGGGAUGCUGUACGAUUUUCACCUGGACAAAAAAUUACAUUUAAUCCAGAUGCAUUUGUUGAAUCCCGAUCAACAUCAAUGCAAGCAUUCCUUAAAAAAAUGUUACAAUUACAAAUUUUUCAACAGUUCAUCGAAGAACGUUUACAAAUGUUAAACUCAGGUUUAGGAUUUUCUGAUGAAUUCGAGAAAGAAGCGUGUAAAUACUCCGAAAAAUCUAGUUCAAAAUUUAAACAACAGUAUAAAGAAUUUAUUAAAAGUGUUAAAGAUAAGGCUAAUCCUGCAAUGAAAUCAGCCGUUAAAUCUGUAAGAAGUCAAGUAAAAGAAGGUGGUAAAGGUAUGAAAAGUGCAUAUAAAGGUUUACGAUCGAAAUUUCGUGAUAAUCAAAGUCCAGACGAAAUGACACCAGGUGAUGAAUUACCAUAUUCAAGAGCAACAAAUGAAAAACCAAGGUCAGCACCAAAUUCACCAAAUACAUCACGUCGAAAACCAAUCGCAAAAACUACAUAUCGACGUGUCCAAAAAACAACUAGCGAAUUAAGAAGUCCAAAUUAUACUCCACUAAGUCCUCCAUCAAAUCCUGGUUCACCAGAUUCACCGGAAUUGGAUCAUGUGGAUCAUGGCCAUAAUUUUACUCAUAGUUUGCAAUUAUCCCCAAUUAAUAUGGAUUUGUUACAUGAAAUGCAGGAUGUUUUGUACAAACGACAUAUUUAUAAUGAGAAUGAUGGCGAAAAUACACCACCAGUAGAUCGAUCUCUAAAACCUGUGCGCAGUUUAGAAAGCUUCAAACAAGAUAAAACAAUGACAGAUUAUUGGUGGGGUAGUGGUUUGGAUACCACAAAUCCAACAACAACAUCAACAAAUCCAACAUCAACGUCGACAGUUCUUAGUGGUGGCGGUAGUAGUACAUCACCGUUUCGUGGUGCUGGUGCAGCAAUACGGCCUAAUCGUUAUUUCCCUGAAUCAGAUUCAAUAUCACAAAAUUUACUUGAUUCAUUUGAAUCACCAAAUUCAUUUGAUUCAUCAUCGUUAUUAAAGUUAUCAAAUAAUUCAAAAUGUAAUUCACCAAAUUUAUUUGAUGAUAGUAACGAUGAUGUAUUUGGUGGUGUAAAUGAUACACCCCCACCGCCACCACCAGUACCAACACGAAAAUCAUCAAAGGAUUUAUUCGGUGCUACACCAUUUGUGGUGAGUGGUUGUAAAAGUGAGAAUGGGGAUCCUGUAUUUUUAGUUGCUUCCCCACACACAGUAGAUAUGGUCAAAAUAUCCCCACCACCGUCAAUGUCAUUUACAUCUGCAGCUAAUAAGAAUAAGGAUUCUAAUAAUGAUUUAAUUCGUUUGGAUUCAACACCCAGUGAUAGUAUAGAUGAUUUUGAUCCAUUACUAUCAUCCGAUCGUCAUAAAUCAUCAUCAAAAAAUGCAAUAAAUCAACAACAACAACGAAUUCCACCAGCCACAGUUGAAAAAGGUUUAUCAAAUCCUCUGUACACGUAUUUCGUACCGCCAUUAUUAAAUUCAUCGUCGUCCAGUUGUACAUCAGCAACAUCAUCCCCGUACCAUCAAACUAAUAAUAAUAUAAAUAAUAAUAAAAUGUCAAAUAAUGAUCAAGAUUUAUUAAAUGAAUACGGCCUUGAUUUUAAAAAAUUUAGUUUAAACUCGUUACAAAAUGGUGGUGAAACAAAAUUACGUGACCCUUUUGACCCGUUCGAUAAUACAAAUUCAACGUCAGAAACAAAUAGAUCAUCAUCAUCAUCACAAACGAAACAAUGGACUAAAUUUGAAUAAAUGUUUUUUUUUAAAUGUUUGGUUUUAGUAUUUAUUCAAACAUAUCACGUGAUGAAUGUGGCUUGUUAAAAAAAAGUACCUUGCUUGAAUCUGGCUGUUCUGUUUCAUCUUUUUAAUGUAUUCACUGAUUUAUUCAUUGUCAUUGUUCGAUAUUUUAAUUGGAAUUCAAAUCGUAAUAUACUGCAAAAUGGAAGCAGAAUACAAUAAGAGUCCAGUCACGAUCGCGGGAGAGCAAGUUGUAAUUGAUGCAGCAUGAUUAUUCAAUUAUCUAAGAAUUAUAAAUAUUUGAAAUUUAACAUACCAUUUUUAGUCAAAAACUUGUUGAUGUUUCCUUAAUUUACCGAAUCAAGGAAUGACUACAUGCAAGCCCAUUUUGAUUACUGGAACUUUGUGCAGGGCAUGCGACAAACAAAACUAUGUAUACCCACAGCUAAGCCAUUCGACUUUGCUCGCAUGAAAUUUACUAUAGCACAAUUGAGAAGAGCGGUGGGACUCUUGACAGGGAUCUGUCGAUUGAACUACUAUCUUCAGAACAGGGGGUUCUCUGAUAAUCCCAUUUGUAGGGAAAAUUAACAUAUGAAUUAAAAUUUUGUCAAUGAAUAAAAGUGAAUACAUUAUCGCUAUUUCAUACCAUUAGAUAAACAGAUCUUUGAAAAUUUGCCAAAAAUAAAAUUAAUUUCUGGUGAAAAAAAAGUAUUUAAUUAACUGUAAUUAAUUAGCAUGGAAAAUCA